GACAAACAUGAAGAUACUGAGGAACAAACAGGCCUGAUGCCACAGAAAGAGGAGAGCCAAGAUCUGAAUGGAAUGGAAAACAAAGUUCAGCAUGAGAAACAUCAUGAUUUCAUAACUGGAGAAAAGCCUUAUACAUGCCCUCAGUGUGGGAAGAGUUUCAUUAAAAAAACAGGCCUUAAAACGCACAUCAGAAUCCACACUGGAGAGAAACCUUUCACCUGCGAACUGUGUGGAAAGAGUUUCAGUAAAAAAGGACACCUUAAUCAGCACGUUAGAAUCCACUCUGGAGAAAAGCCUUACACCUGCCAACAGUGUGGAAAGAGCUUUACUUCAAAAGGAAAUCUUGACAAACACAUGAAAAUUCACACUGGAGAAAAGCCUUACACAUGCCUUCAGUGUGGGAAAAGUUUCACUGAUAAAUCCAACCUUAAAAAGCACAGUAGAAGUCACACUAGAGAAAAACCUUACACCUGCGAACUGUGUGGAAGUAGUUUCACUGAAAAAGGAAGUCUUAAAAAGCACAUGAUGAGAAUUCACACUGUAAAGCAGUCUUUCACGUGCCCUCAGUGUGGAACUGGUUUCAGAAGUAAAGUAUGCUUUAGUAACCACAUGAAGACUCACACAAGAUCACAGUUUUAUAUGUCAUUGGCGUGGAAGGAGUUUCUCGGACAGGAAACAAUUCACAAGGUGUCACACUGAAGAGGAGACAUUCACUUGUCUUAACACAAUAGUUCACCCAAAAAUGAAAACGGUCAUCAUUUACUAACCUUCAAGUUGUUCCAAACUUGUGUUUCUUUUUUUUGAUUUAUGACCCUCCAAUUGGAUGUACAAGGGUUGAUUUGGUGUAGUUGAGAUAUUGAAUCUGUGUGUAGUAGAAAAAGUUAGUAAGUCGUUCAUUUUUGGUGUAGAGUGAUUUUAUUUCUUCUCUCUCUAGUUCUUGUAUGUUCUCUCUUAAAAUAGACUGUAUAUGAUGAGUCAUAUUAACAAAAACAAUGCUUCACAUCUUUCUGAACUUUUAUUUCAGAAGCAUACACAUACACAGUGUAUAUUUAAAGUACCUUGAACCAUGAAACU